AUGACGGAAGCCGCCGACCCCCUCCUCACCUUCUUCACUGCCCACGAGGCCGAGGACCCCGACGUGCUCUACUCCGCGCUCGGGGUUGUGCGCACCGCCGAGACAACUGUAAUUUCCACGGCGUAUCGUAUGGCAGCGCUGCGUUGCCACCCGGACAAGCACGCAUCCAAGGCGCCAGCAGAGCGCGAGGUCUUCACCGUCCAGUUCCAGCGCAUUGGGUUCGCAUUCGCGGUUCUCUCAGAUGAGAAGAGGCGGAAAAGGUACGACGCGACGGGGCGCACGGAUGAGGUCACGUUCGGCGACGACGGCGGGUGGGACACGUACUUUGCCGACUUGUUCGACGGGGUAGACCGCAAGGUCCUCGACGAGGAUAGGAAGAAGUACCAGGGGAGUGCUGAGGAGUUGGAGGACCUGCGUGUUGCGUACAAGGACGCCAAGGGGGACUUGGAGGGUAUCAUGGCUAGUAUCCCCCACUCAACGCACGAGGACGAGGCGCGCUUCGUCGUUGCCGUGGAGGCGGAGAUUGCCGCUGGGCGCCUGAAGCGCACCAAAACCUGGAGCAGCAGUGCCGCCGACAAGGGGGCGGCGAAGAGGCGUAAGCGCGCGGCGGCGGACGAGGCCGCCGAGGCAGAGGAGGAGGCGAAGCGCCUCGGCGUAUGGGACGAGUUCUACGGCUCGGGUGUCAAAGGAAAGCGCGGGCGCGACGAGGACAACAAGAAGAGCAAGAAGAAGGGUGACGAGGACGACGGUGCGCUCGCGGCGCUCAUCCGCGGUCGCCAGAAUUCGCGGGCCGCCAACUUUGCUGCGCUCGAGGCCAAGUACGCCGCCAAAGAGAAGAACGGGAACAAGGCCAAGGCGGAACCCCACCUCGGAGAGCUCGACGAUGACGCGUUCGUCGCGCUUCAGGCUAAGAUGUUCGGCAACAAGGGCAAGGGCAGGAAGCGCAAGACAAAGUAG